AUUGUUAUUGUCACCUUACCUUUGUCAUUUGAAUUAAAUCAGUUGAUUAGAUAAGAUGACAAUUUAUUUUGACAAUUGUGAUUAACCAUGGAAAAGGAGAAACAAAAAAAAGAGGAAAUCAAAAUAAAGAUUGAAGAUUUACCCAAACAAAUCGAUCAACAAUCAAUCUCAUCGGAAGAUCGUGUACCAAGAAAAAGAAAAAUUAAGUUACAUUGGUCAUAUAAGAUCUCCAUUUGGUACGGUUAUGUGACUACUAAGUUUAGAUAUCAACUUUUAUUUGCUAAUUCGUUGUUCCAAUUUUCCGUUUGGCUUCAUAAAUUGUACGAGGACAUUGGUCAAGCAAACGAAUACAAUAAUAGCACUGAUUUCAUUUAUUUAUCAAUCUCGAUUCUCAUGUUAAUCUUACCUACUCUUAUGUGUACCUUUUACCUGCUAUUAACUCACCUCAUUGAUUCUCAAUUUGUAUUUAAACGGAAAAACAUAAUCGUCCAAUUGGUUAAUGGCUUCAUGUUGGUACCUUGGCAAAUCAAACAGUGUCUAGAUACUUUACAUUAUUCUGCCCAACGGAUUUGUGACCAUGUUUGGUCAGUUUAUGAGAGGAAGAAAGUGUUUAACAUGGGAAUCAAUUGUGAUCUACUCGAGUUUUUUGAGGACAUGUUUUCGGGCUUUCUCGGUAUUUCGCUUCAGGUUUACAUCAUCUUCGUUAACAUCGGGUGGACUGGGGAAGAGACUCAAGAUAGUAAAAUGGUUACCGGUGAAUUAAUUGGUUCCAUAUUAAGUUUACUUUCCAUGUUGGAAGCGAUUAAACGUCGAGAUGAUGGUUUCGUUAACGCAUCUCUAGCUCGUCUUGGAUGGAUCUUCAUGUUUACCAGUCGGGCUUUGGCCUUUUGUUUGGCUACGACUGUUAUUAAAUUUUGGAUUAUUAUCUUCAUUCUGGUUCAUGCAGUUACUUUCAAUUGUUGGGUUUUCCAUAUUGCUCAAGAGUCUUAUCUUGAUGUCAUCAUUAACGAUGAAAAGGCGAUAAUCGAUUGGAGAUGUGGCUCGAAAAAAGGUCAAGUUCUCCUAUGGUUAUUAUCCUUUGUUAUCUAUGGAAUACCAUCAUUAAUUUAUUGGCCUUUAAUGUUUCAAAUGAAAGACGCUGGACGAACUUAUACAUUUUUACUGAUCAUUCUCAUCGAGAAUAUUUGUCUUGCCGGAAUUUGGACAUUUGGUGUCUUCUUUUAUCAGAUAACUACAAUCACCAUGUAUAACUUAAUCUACAUGAACUUUACCGUUCUCACCAUGACACUAAUUUCCAUCCUCUGGAUUCAUCUUUACAUGAAAAGAAAACCAUAUAAUGCCGAUAAACGAGUUUUACUUGAUAUUUUACAAAAAGCGAACGAAGCUCAGGCCGAAUGUGCCUUCGAUUAUGGAGUCAGCUACAUAUUCUAUUCAAAAGUGUUCGCUCUUCCAACUUUGAAAACACUUUGGAAAUCAGUUCCACCUUAUUGUAAUGAGGAUCGUCUUCUAUUCACCAUAGAAAUUGAUUCGAGUGACAAUGAGCACGAAAAAAAUGAAAAUUUCUUCGAAUAUGAACCAACGAAGAUACAAAAGGAAAACAAAGUUAACCUUAAAGAGGAAACAAUCAACAGUAAUCAAAAUCUCCACGGUUAUAUUAAUUAUCUUUGUAGUGAUGGAAUCAGUGAUGCCGAUGAUGAAGAUGAAAGUGAUGACAAUUCACCGAAUCCCUUAAUAUUCACAAGAUCGAAUUGUCGAUCGAAAGUUUCAUUAGAAUCACUAUCCGAUUGAGAAAUCGAAUACAAAUAAUUAACCUUUGUAGAAAUCAUCUUCUUUUCCUGUACAAUAUUGUAACUAGAAAUUAAUUUAAUUACUUUGCCAUCAAUAAAUUCACAUCAAAUCUAAACAAUUAACGCGUAACAAUUUCAAUUUUUACCUCCAAAAGUUAUCAACCAAUGGAAAGUCACUAAUCAGCUGAUUAGCAAAAUGUUUGUUUUCAUUUUAAAGUGAAAGUUUUUUCUUAUAAUUUUGGUUAAUUGUUUGAAUUAAGUUAAUUCUUUUUUUCGAGUGAGUCAAUUGAUCAUCACAAUUAAUCCAAUCGAUGGCUUGGUGGAAUCAUAUGAACCCAAAUUUACUCGUUUUCGGAGUAAUCACCUUGGGAAGCGCUUGUCUUGGUUACUAUAACUUCAAUGAACCUUUAAAAAAAAUGGCCGAAGAGCUGAAAGAGGAAAAGGAAAGUGAAAAGAAAAAUUUCACCAUUUAAAUUAACCCAAUCAGUUAAUUAAUCACAGGAUGCGAUCGAAUACAAUUUUGUUUUCAUCUAAUUAUCUUAAUAUUCAUUUGGUUGCUCAUGGAUUUUACAUCGAGUAGUUUUGUUUUUGUCUCUUUCAAACCGAAUGGAAAACAAUUUGAUUAUUAAUAGAAUAAUAAUUGUAAAAGUUGAUGAUCACUUAAUUGUAUAAAGAAAAAAAUGUCAACUAGUCUUUAAUUGUUGCAAGCCAAUUGUUCAAUUGGAAUCAUUUCAACAAAUGUAUGAAUUAAACUAAGUGAAUAUAAAUGUUAUACAAUUGAAGAAACUAUUGGCUAAUCAACUGAUUUGUUAUUUUAAUGGUUGAAUUAUUUUUCUCAAUAAAAUUAAUUAAAUGAUCUGA